CGGCCACGGCUGUUCAGCCGGCGCCCCACGCCUAAAAUCCGGAUAAAUUUCGUGGAAGCACCCACGUGCACGCGACCAAAGCAGGUGGAAGGACGCAGCUCAAUCAUACAGUCCACGCGGGCCCGGCGGGCAGCGUCUUCGUACAGCCAGCCAGGACUCCACGAAGCCACCAGCAAAAUGGCCCAGCCGAUAGCCCGGUGGCUGGAACUACAUGCGCAAUUAGGCGCCAUCGACACGCGGAACUACGCCGCGCAAUUAUCCGCUAGAUACUCGUGCGACGACCUCCGGUUUUGCGUCGAACGCGACUUUUUAGAUUGUGGUCUCGACGAUGUGCAUGCCAAAAGAGCAGCGGCGGCCGCGGCGGCGCAGCGCGGCGAUUCUGAUAGUGCGCGGGGGCCGCGGCCGCGCGCGCCGACGCCGGAACCCGUGCUGAGUGACGGCGAAAGCCUGAGCCCGGGCAAGAGCGACGACGUCCGCGUGACGUUGAGGGACGCGACGGGCAACGCGACGGCCUGCGACGUGUCCCUCAAGCAGCUGCGGCGGGCGCUCCAGAGCUUCGACGGCCAGGCUCGAGUCGGCGGCGAGCGGGGCACGCUCAGCAUCGAAACGAUUCACCGGCGGCCCGCGGACGUGAUCACGAGCAUGGCGGCCAUGGACGUGUCGUCCGUGCCGCGCGGGUCUCCGGCCGACGUGGCCCUUGGCUCUUUGGAUGCGGACGUCUCAAGAUGGCGGCCGGCAGAUGUCGCGCGGUGGUUGCGCGGCAUCGAGGCUUUGUCUUCCUAUUCCAUGUCUCCUUCGACGCCGCGGGUCGACGGGAGGCAACUUCUACGGGUUCGUUCUCGAGAUGAUGUGGCGCGCGUACUCGGCGUGUCUCUCGCCGUGCACCAAAGGUUACUCUUGAGGGAGUUAGAUGCCCUGCGAGCGGCCUUUCCCGAAGAAUUGCAACCAGUGCGGACGCGCCGGCCCGUCGGUAGGGUUGUGCAAAGAGGCCAGCGGCGCGCAUUGCGAGCUCCUGGUAGGGUCCAGCCCGACGCGGAGCUGCCUCCCUUGUCGACGCCGGAGCGGCGGCGGCGCGAGGUGUCGACCGAGGAGGUGCGCGAGGAGGGCAAGGGCGUGAAGCGACGGCCCAUCUGGUCGCGGGACGGCGAGAAGGCGCGGCAGCGCUGCGAGGACAACGUCGAGGCCCGCAUGGCCUCCCUCACGCCGCCGGCGGCGACGCAGUCCCCGAAGCAGACGCCCGAGGCCCGCUUGCUCGUCGCUGGCAAUCUACAAAUGGAUUUGGCGGCCGUGGAUAGGGACGCGCGGGACGCGGGCGAGGAGUCCUACGACUUCUCCGAGGGCGGCACGUUGAUUGAUUGGCGGCGUGGUUUAGCGAUCAACACGAUCCAGGAUGGAGAAAAUAGACCUAGAGGUGCUUCUAUUGUUGAUGGCCCGAUGCCUUCGUCCGUGACUUCCAUUGCCCCUUCAGAUUUGAUCGUACUGGGCGAACUCGGACGAGGCGCCUGCGCGUCGGUGCGACGAGCACUACAUGCGCCUACUCUCACAUUGGUGGCCGUGAAGAUGGUGGCCGUCCACGACGACGCGAGAAGACGGCAGUUGCUGAGGGAGCUGGCCGCGUUGCAUCAACUGUCGACAGUACCACUCACGGAUGAUGCCAGACAACGAGCCUUGAGUCAAGAUGGGGCCAUGGGCGGCCGCGACUCGGAAGAUUUUUCCGCUCAUAGAGAUUCUAGAUCACAAAAAGCCCUCCGGGCCCACAUCGUGGCCUUCCACGGCGCCUUCACGAAUCCUCAAGCGGGGUGCGUUUGUGCGGUCUUGGAGUAUAUGGACGCGCGCUCGGUGCACGACGUCAUGGAGGCUAGGGGCUGGCGACCUUUAGAGGAUGACGCCUUGGCUGUGGUUGCUCGCGGGUGCAUUGCGGGGUUGGCCGCGUUGCAUGCCGAUAGGCAAUUACACAGAGACGUCAAGCCGUCCAAUAUCUUGCUGGACUGGAAGUGGCGCGUCAAAUUAUCGGAUUUUGGCGUUUCUAGGGCGGUAGAUAAUACGUUAGGUGUAGCUCAAACGUAUGUCGGGACGUUGGCCUUCAUGGCUCCGGAGCGGAUUGUGGGAGGUGAUUAUUCUUAUGCUUCCGAUUUGUGGAGCGUGGGUCUAUGUUUUGCCACUUGUGCUCUGGGCAAGAUCCCGCUGCCGCAGGCGGACGGCUACUGGGCCGUGGUUAGAGCUAUUUGUGAUGGUGAUCCCCCACAAUUAGAUCCAAAAGAUGGCCACGACGCGCAGCUCUGCGACGCGACGAACGCCUGCCUACGAAGGGACGCGGCCUCACGACCGACGGCGCAGCAGCUCCUAGAUCACCCCUUCGUGCGCCGGGGCCAGUCCAUCUACGCCGCGGCCGCGACGGAGCGAGAUAGAAGGGCGGCCCAAACCACCCAAUCGUCGCCCGGGCGCUUCGGCUUCCCGGUCUGGCACCUCGCCGACGAAGAUGGUGGAAACGAGGAGAAGAAGGCCCAGGAUUUGGAGGCCCUCGCGCGCAAGGCGACGGCCUGGCGGCGGACGCGACCCUCGUCGUCGCAGUCGUCGCCGCAUUCGUCGGCGCGGAGCGAGUGCCGCUGCGACUGGACCGACGACCAGCUCGCGGCGCUCGCGGCGCAGCUGCACACGCCCGUGAUGGAGGUCAAGGCCGCCUUCGAGGCUGGGGAUGAGGCGGCGCUGCAGCUCGGGGGGCGACCGCUGCCGCCGUCGCCGCGGACGCCCGGGCCGCGCUAA